GUUAACUGUUUUUGCCGGAGAAGUCGCUUAAUUUCAUAUGCGUUGCAACAGCAAAUGGGCUGACACUGUGAAUUGCAUCCUACGUACAUCAAAACAGCAAGAAAUCUCAAGUAAUCAGCACUGAAGACAUAUGAAACUCAAAAGCAAGUGUCUAUAAUGGAACCCUUUGUUUAAUUCAUCAUAAAUUAAUCACCAAAGAAUAUAAACAGCCAUGUUUGAAAACACUUCUUACAUGAUACUUCUUAUAACAAUAGUUAUUGCUGGAUGCGUCAAUGUCUCAACUCAAACAUUUAUCAAUAGUGAACUUCAAAUUGAUGAACCAUCUAACAUUAUGAUAAGUGAUGAAGAGCUACCAAACAAACACGAAUCGCUGAAAUCGUGUUCCACAUUUAUUUUAGAUCCAGAUGAAUAUGUAAUGUUCCCAAAUAAAACUGCUCAUGUCCCAGUAUACAACAAAACUUAUGAGGAAGAACACUACAUACUCAUUGGGGACAUGAUUAGAAUCUGUGCACCACCCCAAGUGUUUAAUGAACCACCAUCUCAACUGGCAACAGUGACCUUGAAUUAUGUUACCAUCACAGGCCUAGCUAUAUCUAUGCUGUUUUUGCUGAUACAUCUAGUUGUUUUUGCUGUUGUUCCAGAUCUGCGCAAUUUACCAGGAUGCAAUUUGGCAUCGAUGUGUUUGUCGCUGUUCCUCACCUACUUGUUGAUGCUAUUUGUUGCAAUUGAUAGUGUGGUCCGGAAAAGUCUUGCUUGUACUGUUGUAGCUGUUUUAAUACAAUUCUUUUUUCUUGGAUCAUUUCUAUGGAUGCUUGUGAUGGCGUUUGAUGUUUUCCGAUCAAUAAUCAAAGCCACAGAAAAUUUGAGAUUGUCCGUGAAAGGAUUCAAGCUGAAAAAAUACAUCUAUAACAGCCUUAUUUGUUGGGGAAUUGCCUCAGUGUUUGCAGCAGCAGCCCUAAUCGCUGACAAUAUAGAAGGUAUAGAUGAAUCCUAUAGGCCAAAAUUCGGCGAAUUUUGUUGGUUCAGAUCAAAAACGUCCCUGCUGUCGUUCUUUGGCGGUCCUGUGCUUACUAUAAUUUGUUUGAACUUUAUUCUGUUUGCAGUCACUGCUUACAUCUUAUUUGCGAAUAGAAUGAAAACUGGAGACAGCAGCAAAAGGGCAUACAUCAAGAAAAAUUAUUUGACAUAUCUGCGACUGGCAGUUAUCAUGGGUGUUACGUGGAUAACUGGCUUACUGGCACCUUUGGUUAACCUUCUCUGGUUAUGGUAUUUGUUUGCAAUUCUCAAUUCACUUCAGGGGCUCUUCAUAUUUAUUGCUUUCACUUGCACCAACAAAGUCAAGAAAUAUUUCAAGUCAAAGCUGUUAAAUAUUCGAAGAUCAUCAGAACAUAUUCUCACUAAGCCAACUUUUCAAUCUUAUUGCUUUCAAGGAAAUUCCAUCGAAAAAUAUGAAAGUGUUGGAAACAAAGAAAAUGUUAAUCGUAUUGAUACCAGAGUUAUAGAUAUGUAAAUACCUCUUAGUAAUUCAGUUUGCUGAUUUUUAAAACUGGUUCUUGUAUGUAUAUAUAAUUCCUUGAAAUAACGGAAUUUGUUUUUCACUUUUAAUAUUUGCCUUUUAUUAAUGAAAUAAUCUGAUUCUUUCAUUUAUUAAGUGAAAUAAUUUAUUUUUAUGCAUAUCUAUGAGUUCAUUAUUUAUUCAUUGAAAUAAUCUUAUUCAUUUGCGCAUUAAAUGAAAUAAUCAAAUCACUUUUUUCAAUUUACCAUUCUGCCACUUCAGCAUUAUAUGCAUUUUACUUGCAAAAUACAUUUUGUGUAUUUUAUGUAUAACAUGUUCUUCUUACAAAAUUCUAUCUGACUCUUUGAAGCCUUUAAAUUUGAGUGUUCAAAUUUUAUAUUUUAAAAUUACUGCAAUAUUUUUGCCAUUAUUGUAAAUAUCCCAAAUAAAUUUUAAAGGAAAUAAACAUGGGCAUUUAUUACCCUUAUCAAGCAAAAUAAAACAUUUUUCUACGUAAAAAUGCCUAUUUUGAGUACAUGAGGAUUCAUAUUGAAUGAAACAAAAAAUUAGCAAAAUGUGAAAGUUGUAAUUAAUUUAUUUUUAUAAAUCAAAUUUACCGUAUAACUACAGUGAUCCAAGGUUCUAUAGCUGAUCAAUGUGUGUCCUUCCGAGGCACUGCAAAAGUCUAUGUAAUAUUCUAAUUCCUUUCAUAAUUGUGAUAGAAUAUGCUCUGUUAAUGCGUCCAUCACGUCAGUUAUUGUUUCUACUUCUCACGAUCUGCAUGCGAAGAAAGCAAGGGCAUAUUAUUUGACCAAGCACGCCAAAUCCAAUGACGUGGUAGAACAUUUUUAGUAUAAACCAAAUGAAAACUUUAAAUGAAUUUUUCGAAAAACUUGGAUUUUGUAAAAAGUUUUAUACAUAAAACAUGAUAUCUUAAAAACUUAUUAAUAAAUAUAUUAAAUUGAAAUUUUGCAUAUAUGUUACCUUUUGUGUGCCAAAGGUAAUGAACCAGGGAUAUCGCUUUGAACUGAGUAGUUUUUCUUUUAGAGGUGCCUAAUGUCAUUUUCAACAACGAAUUUUGUGAAAUUUUCAAUUCAGAAAUACUCGAUUAGCUAUAUUUUUUUGAAAAUGGACACAUUUUUUAGAUUCUAGUUCAUUCCCUUCACCGUAGUUGUAAAAAUGUUCUGUAUAAAAAUAAUU